CUUUCAACCUUUCAGACUUCAGACGUCACCAUAAAUUAUAUAUCAAAGCACUGCCCAGCAUUUUUCGGUGGUGGCUGCCCAUAUGCCAAGCUUGCCCAAGAGAAAAAAGGCAUCUGUGCCAAAUGUCCUCUUUUCAACAAUGGCUGCCCUUUCAAACAAUGCAAGACCGUGGGUGAGCUUCAAGACAUGAUGGGUCAGAUGCGUGACCAGUCCAAAGGCGAAGCUCAAUGGAUCGAGUUUUUGAAGGACGUCGUCUUUCUUAGUAAGGAAAAACACGUAGAGCACGGAACUGUCUCCCCUCCAAGCUUCUUCAAGGGUGGCUGUCCCUUUGCAAAAGACAAUGCAGGAAAGGAGAUUUUGAAACCUGCAUACACUGUGGUAAGUAAUUUCGUUUCAGAAUGAAAUUGUUAAGUGGAAACCAUCGAUAAAGAGCUUUCUAGCGUGUAGCAAAGGUGCGGGUAUUUCUUUCCAUUCCUUAGUUUUUAAAGCAAUGCCACACAAUUGUCACUGUCUAGAGUUUUUCCCACUUUUAAAGCAAAGCUCGAAACAUAAAUCAUUCUACAGAAUCUAUUACCUGAAGUAAAGAAAAAUGUGAUUAGCUCACGGCUGAUUUAUUUGAGCUGUUGUGUACUGGUUCCUGGUGAAUAUUCUCUUUUCUAGUUGAACUUUAUUUUCACUUGAACCUGCAGUAUCCAUAUUCUUUGACUGUUGAAGAGAUCGUCAAGAACUGCCCAGUUUUUGGCAAAGGUGUGUGCCCAUAUAAAGCUCUUAUUGAUGAAAUGAAAGGAAUCACCGGAAACUGCCCUAGUUUCAAAGAGGGAUGUCCAUUCAAGAAUCUGACAACCAUGGGUGAGUACGUAGGCAAACUGGCCGAAAUGCGAGAUAAGACAGCUACUCCUAAGGUUCGAGCCGCAUUCGAGAAGUUGAUGAAGAGGGUUCAUGAGAUCUCCAAGGAAGCUGAAAAGAAAGCAGGACCCUGGCCAUUCCCUCUAGAUACCUGCCCAAUCUUUGCCCGUGAUGCGCACGGAAAGCGUAUCAUGCCAAAAUACAAUUAG